AUGGUUCUUAAUACAUCAUUCAAACUGAAUAACGGCACCUAUAUUCCAGCACUAGGAUUAGGAACAUGGCAAUCUAAACCAGAUGAAGCUGCAUUUGCAGUUGAAAUAGCUUUAAAAGCAGGAUACCGUCAUAUUGGAAUUAUUAGGAAUUCAGAUACUGCUUUUAUGUAUCUAAAUGAAGAGGGAGUAGGACAAGGUAUUAGAAAUAGCGGAAUCCCACGAAAUGAAAUUUUUGUAACAACAAAAGUGGCAUGUACAUUUCAUUCCCGUGUGGAAGAAUGUUUAGAUCAAAGCUUAAAUAAAAUGCAAUUAGAUUAUGUUGACCUUUAUCUUAUGCAUUGGCCUGUCCCUCUUAAUCCCAAAGGAAAUGAUUUUUUAUUUCCAAAAAAACCUGAUGGUACUUUGGAUCAUGAGGAAGGAUGGGAUUUUAUAAAAACUUGGGGAUUGUUCGAAAAUCUCCUUUCCACGGGAAAAGUAAAAGCUAUUGGAGUAUCUAAUUUUAGUACUGUAAAUCUAGAAAAAUUACUAAAAACAGCCAAAGUAAUACCAGCUGUUAAUCAAUGCGAAUUACAUCCUUAUUUGACACAAAAUAAACUUGUUGAUUUCUGCAAUAAAAAAGGUAUUCAUUUAACAGCAUACUCUCCAUUAGGUUCUACGAAUGCACCAUUAUUAAAGGAACCAGUCAUCAUAAAAAUAGCACAACAAAAUAAUAAAACGCCAGCACAAGUUAUUUUUUCUUGGUGUUUACAUAAAAAUAUUUCUGUAAUACCGAAGUCGAUAACACCUUCACGAAUUACAAGUAAUCUUCAUGUCUUUGAACUUUCAGAAGAAGAUUUUAAUGAAAUAGAUGGGUUAGGGAAAAUAUAUAAAACUCGUUAUAUUGAUCCAAGAUCGUGGGGAAUUACUGUUUUCCAUGAUGAUUAG